UCAUCGACUGCAGUCAGUACCGCAGACAUAUUCGUGUCCGUCCGAUCAUCCGUCCGCGUACGCGCACACGUUCGUCCUAUAAUUGUAAUACGUGGUUAUUAGUGAGUACUUGUCGCGAAAAAACUGUUGAAUAUUUACCCGCGUAUACCGUAUUAUUUAUACUUAUUAGAAGACUUGAAAAAUUCACGUUCAUUUACGUUUUUACGGGUUAUUUCGUUCAUACCUCCGAAGUUUCUCUCUUAGAGUUCGUUAGUCUAUGACCGUCUUUUGUUUUUGUUUUUUAGCGACCACCUGCUGGAGAGUCCAGAAGGCGUCUGUUUAUAAUAAUAAUAAUAUAACGUGUUUUUGCGCGAAUAUAUAACAAUACGUGGUGUGUUUGUGUGUGCGUGUGACAUGGAUAAAUAAUUUACACAUAGUUUUGAUCGAGAAACGAAAAAUAAAGAUAUUACAUUAACGGCCACGCGCGGUGAAUUUACGACAAUACAGCAAGGUCAGUACCACAUAAGAUGAUAACCACGACGAACCAACAACAGACAGUAGGUGCAGAUGAACAGCAACCGACUGCGCGGACAGCACUCGAUCGCAACGGUGCGGGACAGACGACCGGCAGCGACGGCUACGGCCACGUUGUUGACGCAAUGCCGCCGCACUAAUUUCGGAAUCGGAGUCGGAUGCGGUGACGCCGCACGUCUACGCACUGACGGCGGUCGGUCGGUAUUCCGCAACGGCGUAGUCGGCGCCGACAACGAGUUAUCGAACGACGCGAUGGCCGCGUCCGUGGCGUUACCCGAACGGUAUCGACAGCCGACGGCCACGAUACCGGCCGCGUCUCAUCAUCAGGCGAAGGCGAUGGCGACCGACGGCGAUCGCUCGCAGCACCGCCGUCAUUACCAAAACGGUUACCGGCCACAUCACGCCAAGUACAACAGCGUGUCGGCCGGCAGCGCGCUGUCCAAGUCCAUGCGAUACGCCGACGGUUGGCUGUACGAACGGGACGCCGGCGGCGGCGGAGGUACAGUGGGCCGUCACUCGGCUGCGGGUGGCCGAAACAAGUCGCGCAGCACUUUCUUGGACCGCGACCACUUCGGUACGGUUGCGGCGGCCGCCGUGGCCGCAGCCGCCGCCGCGGCCACAGUGGUAGCGCCGCCGUCCGAAGAUCCGUACGAACGUGUUCGUAGGAACCGCAUGGCCAAUACGGUCACCGCGAUUGGAAAACUUGACCGGAAACGAAACCGCAGCGGCUCGCCGAGAACGCCGUCUCCCGAUUACGACGACACGGGUUCGGGCAACAGUGUCGUCUCGUCGUCGCGUCGGUCGAUACUCGAGUGCAACGUCAACCCGUACGAUCUGUUGCAGCAGACCUCCGACAACGAUGACGACGACAACGAUGUCGACGGAGACAGUCCUAAGAGGAUGUCGCUAAAAGACAAGUUUAUGAACCGUAUACAGGACACGGUGUUCAACAAGAACAAAUCGAGUAUAGGUGGUUUCGGAUCGUUUUCGUCCAAAAAACCCGUGUUAGAUCGCAACACAGACGGAGGCGUCAACAUCGCCGGACACACUGUUCGACUAUUUAACGGCAACAAGUCUCCUGCCACUCACGAGAACGCAUCCUCGGUGUGGUACGACGACGGGUCCUCUACGGACGUGGCCGCUACAGUGGCUGUCGAGACAGACCAAUCACCGGUAAGACCUCCACGCCGCCGGUGCAAGCCGACCACCGGUUUCCAUUUAUCCACGGGUCCAGCUAAACGGUCUCACUCACUGACGACGUGCGGCACGACCACCGUAUCAGCUGAGAUUAAGUCCAUAUUGAAAAAGCCAGCAUCGCUAACCACGGAUGACCUGAGUCCUGUCAGGUCGCGGACUCCGGUCUCCGCAUCAUCGGUCAUCGUCAACGGUGUCAGCCCGUGUAAUGGACUGCAAAGGAAGAUGAAAAAACAAGUGCAAUUUGACAUCGUUUCAGUAACCGUCGAAAAAUCAAGUAAAGACGACGGCCGUCACUCGAAGACUGCAGCUUUACCGGGCACCGAAAACCGUGUCGAACACACGCCGCUGACGACGCCUACACCACCUACUAUAUCGAGUACGCAUCACUUACAGCAUCGGAAAGAUCAAGACCCAUCGUGCAGUGGUCCGGAUGCGAUCGUGGCAGCCGUUGAACGAAAACUGAAAAGGAGCCUAAGCGACAGACAGAACUCUGGUAACGCGAUAGGGUCGGAUGACGUUACAGUAUUCAACGACACGAUGCGAAUUCACGUGAGGCACAAAAGCAGACCUGACAGUCGGGUGAUGUUCGAAAGGCCAGCCGAACCACCUCCACCCCCACCUCCACCACCUCCGUCGGCGUCCACUCCAACAAUCACCGAACUGUUUCUGUGCGGAAAUAGAACAGGCUACAGUAGUGUGGACAACGACGACAACAACAACGACAACAGAACGGUGGUGCAAGUUUCGCCGUCCGACGAGCUCAGAAAGUGUCCAGAAUAUCCAGUCGAACCGGAACAGAAAACGUCCAUACUGAUCAACUCAAGCCCGGGACUGAAGACGUCGGUGAUUAUCGGCGAGGGCGGAGCGGCGUACGCGGCGUCAUUUGACAACAAGGUGACUAUCAGCAUCGGGCCGACCGGAAGCACGGGCCGAGGGAACAAGUGCGGGAACUAUAAAAGCAACGUAACGGUGGUGGACAGGGCUGGAAGUCGGAUGUCCGACUUCAUCAGGAUGAACUACGAUCCUGUGCAGGCGGCCCACCUGGACGUAACGCCACACGUGUGUGGCCGCAGGUCUGGCAGUGGUGGUACCACACCAUUGGUCAGCCCGUACCGCGUGUCGGAAAUCGAAAAACACCACACAGCCGUCCACCCGAUGUCAGAUACAGAAUCCAGUUCCGAAUCGUGUUACGCUUCGGCUAAGGAGGACGCGUCCUACUCGUCGGCAUCGUCAGCAUCCACGUCUUCGUUCUCCUCCACAUCGUCGUCGGCUACUGCUGCGGCGAUGGCACCCGACUCCGAACCUAUUUACGAGGAGAUAUCGGAAUCACCCACUCCGCCGCCGCUGCCUUCAUGCCCACCACCGGAUCGCGCUGACCACGAGCCAGCCACCGCAUUACCGUGUCGGUCGAUAUUUGAGGGUGCCACUAAGUACGACAUCAUCAACUAUUUAGUGGACGCGAAACGUAGGUGCGGUUCAUUGCAUGACACAUCCGCUUGUCACCCCAAAUUCGUAGUGGUCACCGACGAACAGGCAGCUGGCGAGUCGGAUGUCUGCAGCGGCAGCACCUUCAACGACUCGGGCGAGGAGUCGCCGUCAUACAGCGGCUGCGGCCCAGCGAUGACCGCGAUGUUGCAGUCAGCCGACCCUGCUAAGAAAGCCGUGGUGGACAUCGAACGCAACGAUUCGGGAGUGGGCUCGGAGACCAGUCAAAGCUCGCGGAGCAAGUGGCAACAGCAACAACAGCAGCAGCCUCACGAGACACAGCACAGCUGCGAAGACUGCGACCAGCCCGUCGAAAUACAGACGACAGAUAGUGGUAUAAUGUUUGCGCCGCUGGUGUGCCGCAAGUGUCAUAAGCGCAGAGCCGAGCGGCGAGAGAUCAUAGCCGAAAUCGUUGAGACUGAAGAAAAAUACGGUCGAGACCUGGACAUCAUCACCGAGGAGUUUUACCGACCCAUGAUGGUAGCCGGUCUGCUGAACGCCGACCAGCUGACCACAGUGUUCCUCAACGUAUCCGAGUUGAAAGAACAUAGCGCCGCUCUGUCACAAAAAUUGCGAGACGCGUACGAAAUAGCUGUCGAACAGGGUGACGACGAUUUGCUCACUGUAAACAUCGGCCGAUUGUUCCUGGAAGCUUCGCCGUCUAUGCUACAUGCAUUCCAGUCAUACUGCACUCGCCAAGGUAACGCUGCGUUGCUGCUCGCCAACCUAGAGAAGGAAAAAGAGUUGCUGCGUAUAUUUUUGAGAGUGUCGCAGAUGGAAAACGCCGUACUACGCCGAAUGAAUCUCAACAGUUUCCUAAUGGUGCCCGUCCAACGCGUGACCAAAUAUCCGCUGCUGUUGGCCCGCUUAUACAAAGUCACGCCCGAACACCAUCUAGAAGCUCGGCAGACACUCAACGAAGCGAGGCACAAGAUACAAUUGCACCUGGAACACAUUAACUCCCUGGCGAAAGACAUCAGUUCCACGAAACUAUGGCGAAAAAUUUACGCGAUCAACGGAAAGAGGUCUGAUAAUGAGGACUUGGCUGACAUAAAAUUUCGCAAGGUGGCUGUGGACGUACUCGAAUGGUCGGGACUUGGUGAAGAGAUCCGGUUCGCCAUGGAGGGUCGGCUACUAUACACGCAACCGUCUGACCACAAUUGGCGGCGGGGCGGCAGGACUAUCAAAUUGAUGCCGAUAAAUGCAAUCAUCGUGACGUUGGGAAAACCUAAUGACAAUUACAACCCGGACGCGGACAACAUCACGUUUCCCAGACAGAACGGUAUCAAAGACGCUUCACUGGUGUUGCUCAAGGAGAAGAGCGGCAGGAUAAGUUUGCUCCGGGAGCCCAUGUACUUGGACCGGUGCGUAUUAUGCUGUGAAAGCGACUGGGACGAUUACUUUGAACUGCACGAAAUCACUACCAAGGACACGUACAUAUUGAAAGGCCAGGAUGGCGAGCAAACAAAAAUGUGGUACAAACAGCUGCAAUAUCACUGUCAGACACUAGGAUGCUGGAGGAAAAGACGAAAUGCCCUGGCAAACAUCAUGAUUAACAAAAACUGAACUAAGUCACCCGACCGCCAACGUACAAAUUGCACUUAUUCAGUGUUGUCGUUUUACGAUUGUCUACAUUAAUAUUAUUAUUAGAAGUAGAAGUAGUAAUAGUAAUAUUACCAAAAAUACGAAUAGAAAUCGACAGUCAUUACUAAUUAUAUGACGAUUUAUAUUUUAACUUAAUAUAUUAUUUUAAAUUAUUAAA